UUCCUUUCUUCCUCUUCCUCUCCUUCCCCUCCAGUCGUUGGUCUCGUGCCUGGCCUGGCACGGUUGUCAUGGCGACGGGGCGCUGGCUGCCGUUGCUCCUGGGCCUGUGCGGCCUAGUCUGGGGACCGAGCCUGGCGGGGGCCGUCAACGCCACUCGGGGGCCCCCCAACCUGGUCUUGCUGCUGAUGGACGACAUGGGAUGGGGUGACUUAGGUGUGUUUGGGCAUCCUUCCAAAGAAACCCCAAAUUUAGACCAGAUGGCUUCCGAAGGGGUGCUUUUCCCAAGCUUCUACGCUGCCAAUCCUCUCUGUUCUCCGUCCAGGGCAGCGCUCUUAACAGGUCGCCUCCCUAUCCGGAAUGGCUUCUAUACCACGAACGCCCAUGCCAGAAAUGCCUAUACACCCCAGGAAAUAGUUGGGGGCAUCCCAGAGUCUGAACUGCUCCUUCCAGAACUGCUGAGGAAAGCGGGCUACGUCAACAAGAUCAUUGGCAAGUGGCAUCUUGGCCACAGACCCGAGUUCCAUCCCUUGAAGCAUGGAUUUGAUGAGUGGUUUGGAUCCCCGAACUGCCACUUUGGGCCUUACGAUAAUAAAGCUGCUCCAAAUAUCCCCGUUUACAGGGAUGGGGAGAUGAUUGGCAGGUAUUAUGAAGAUUUUAAAAUAGAUCAUAAGACGGGGGAAGCAAACCUGACUCAAAUCUACUUGCAGGAAGCCCUUGAUUUCAUUAACGCACAGCAAGCCAGCCAACAGCCAUUCUUUCUGUACUGGGCAAUCGAUGCCACUCAUGCGCCUGUGUAUGCCUCCAGGGAAUUCUUGGGCACCAGCCAGCGAGGACUAUACGGUGAUGCUGUGCGAGAGAUCGACAGCAGUGUUGGGAGGAUACUGAACCGCCUCCAAAAGCUGGGCAUCAGUGAGAACACCUUUGUGUUUUUCACCUCUGACAACGGAGCGGCGCUUAUUUCUGCUCCUAAACAAGGAGGUAGCAACGGCCCCUUUCUGUGCGGCAAAGAAACGACCUUUGAAGGUGGCAUGAGGGAGCCCGCCAUCGCCUGGUGGCCGGGGCACAUUCCCCCUGGGCAGGUGAAUCAUCAGCUGGCAAACGUGAUGGAUCUCUUCACCACCAGCCUUGCACUGGCAGGACUGCAGCCUCCCAGUGACAGGCAGAUCGACGGCAUCGACCUUUUACCUGUCAUCCUGCAAGGCAAGUUAAUUGACAGGCCAAUAUUUUAUUACCGUGGCAACGAGAUGAUGGCCGUUCGGAUUGGGCUUUACAAGGCCCAUUACUGGACCUGGAGUAAUUCCUGGGAGCAGUUCAGCCAGGGCAUUGAUUUUUGCCCCGGGCAGAAUGUUUCCAGAGUAACUACCCACACCCAGGAAGAACAUACCAAGCUUCCGCUGCUGUUCCACUUGGGAAGGGACCCUGGAGAAAAGUACCCAAUAAGUUUUUCUAGCAACGAGUACCAAACUGUCAUGGAAAGAAUCUCUCCAGUCGUCCAACAGCACAAGGAGACGUUGCUUCCUGGGCAGCCUCAGCUGAACGUUUGCGACAGGGCAGUCAUGAAUUGGGCCCCUCCAGGCUGUGAGAAGCUAGGCAAGUGCUUGGAGCCUCCUCGCUCUGACCCAAAGAAGUGCUUCUGGCCCCACUGAUCUUCUCCCCAUCUGCGCGCUCGGCCUGCUGGAAAGCUGCCACUUCCUGGUUGCCGGAGACGUGGUGGUUGCUGCUGAUCUUUCCCAUCAGGCAGGACAGCCAGAGGGGCUGUCUUGUGUCUCCUUUCUCAGGGUUUAUAACAAUGAUUUGGGGGCUUGUAAAUAAAGCCUCUCAGCCUUUGAAGAGAAGCUCCAUAGCCCUUCCCAGUCUGAUGAAGUAGAACCCCCUUGUGCUCACACUGCCGGUAUUAAGCGGUGCCCACCCGUGCACAGCAUUACUCAAAGAGUGUUUGGAAGCUUCCAGGAGCAAAGACUUCCUCUUGCUGUAGGCAGUGCCCGUGGCUCAGUCAUGGAGGACAGCUGUUAGCUGAGACUGGGCAACUGGAAACUCCGUGUCCAGCGUCAGUAGCCCCCUGAAGCGCCUGUCGCUGGUGGGCAAGAGCAGGCCAGGGCAGUUGCCUUCGUGCUCUGCUUGUGGGCUUCCGGGGGACAGCAGACUGUGGAAAGGAUGCUCUUUUGCUGGCUGGAUCCUUGAUCUGACCCGGCCAGGCUUUCGGGGGGUUCUUGUGCUGUGCAAACAGCUGCGGCUGUGACAGGCCUUCCUUCCAGGACUUGGGUUCCAAUUAUGCUUGUUUAUGGAGUGUCAAAGGUUUAUACGAAGGAUCUUUUGCUGGAGAAAAAAAAGCCUGUGAUUGUGGUUCAUGAAAUUUCUAUACCUUUGUUAAAAUGCCUACUUUCAGGAAAUACCUGUGCCAAGUUUGUAACUUUUAACAAUUGUGUAAUUAUUAGGAAAGAAGGCUAAUACAAUAGUUGAUUGUUA